ACACUUGUUGCCUAGAAACCAGAUGUCUGAGCUGUUCUCUGAUUGGUCCGUUAGACAUCACUUCCUGAAGCGGAGCCCCGUAUGUUUCAAAUCGAGAUCUUUCGGAGCUGCAUGGUCGAUUCACGGCUUCGUAACAAUAUUCAGGUACACUAUGUCUGAUGAAGACUUAAUUUCAGUGGAUUAUGAAGUUUUUGGCAGAGUGCAAGGUGUAUUUUUUCGGAAAUACACUCAAGCAGAAGGAAAGAAACUUGGCCUGGUUGGCUGGGUCCAAAACACCGGAGCAGGAACUGUUCAGGGGCAGCUACAAGGCCCACGCAGCAAGGUGGAACAAAUGCAAGAAUGGCUGAAAUCCACGGGGAGCCCAAAAUCGCACAUAACCAAGGCGGAGUUCAACAAUGAAAAAACAGUUGACAGCCUAGAACACUCAUCUUUUAACAUAGUGAAAUGAAUUAGUGAAUAGACUGCGCUUGUAAUACUAACUUGGGAGCAGAUGUUUGUUUAUUUAUUUUUUUAUUGGUUGGAUUUCAGCACUUAUAAUGAAUGAAAAAGUUGUGUACUGUAAAAGCUGGGUCUCCGUAACAUCCACAGACUGUGUGAUAACUCUAAUAAAUGAAAAAUUCCUUCUACCGA